AAGAAAAAAUAUACUGUACUAGUAGUAUUCCAUCUCCUCUCUCUCUCUCUCUCUCUCUCUUCCAAAUUUGAACUAAUUCCCCAGUUUACGGAUGGACCAACUAUGAACACUACACCACCACCUUCAUCAUCAUCAUCAACAGCAGCAGCAGCUUCAAUCCAAUUCCCACUAACACUCGCUCUCACCCUCCACUGGGUCUCACCACCACCACCAGCUCUCUUCACCACCACCACCUCCAAAUCCAAGUUCCCAUUUCGGCCGCAAGCUACCAUCAACAACACCAACUCCUCCAAUCUCUCUCUCGCCACCGACAAAAGCAACAAUCCACCACCCAAUUCCGAAGACCAAACGCUCCUAACACUUCUCCGCCAAAGAAAAACCGAGGAGGCCUGGUUAAUCUACACCCAAUGCUCACACCUCCCAAACCCCACCUGCCUUAGCCGAUUAGUCUCCCAAUUAUCAUAUCAGAAUACCAAUUUGAGCCUCACUCGCGCCCAGUCCAUCAUCCAACGGCUGCGCCAUGAGCGCCAGCUUCACUGCCUCGAUGCCAACUCCCUCGGCCUCCUCGCCGUCGCAGCUGCCAAGGCCGGUCAAACCCUCUACGCCACCUCCAUCAUUAAGUCCAUGCUCAAAUCCGGUUAUCUCCCCCAUGUCAAGGCGUGGAGCGCCGUCGUGAGCCGCCUCGCAAACGACAGCCCCGCCGAGGCAAUAAAACUGUUUAGUUCCGUGGUCCGACGGGUCCGCCGGUUUUCGGACCCGUCGAUGGUCUCGGAUUCGCGGCCGGACACGGGUGCGUACAAUGCAGUGCUCAAUGCGUGUGCCAAUAUUGGCGACACCAAGAAGUUCUUGAAGGUGUUCGAUGAAAUGCCUGAGAGUGGUUGUGAGCCAGAUGUCUUGACUUACAAUGUGAUGAUCAAGUUGUGUGCGAGAGCUGAUAGAAAAGACUUGCUUGUAUACGUACUGGAAAGAAUCAUUGAAAAGGGUAUUCAAUUGUGUAUGACAACAUUACAUUCACUUGUUGCGGCUUAUGUUGGUUUUGAUGAUAUAGAAACUGCAGAGAAAAUAGUUCAAGCGAUGAGGGAAGGACGGCAAGAUCUGUGCAAGAUCCUAAGAGACUCAAAUGAGGAAAACCUUAGUGAAUAUGAGAAAGAUGUGUUUGAGAAAUUGCUUCCUAAUUCGAUAAACCCGAAUGAUUACGAACCACCUUUGUUACCCAAAGUCUAUGCUCCUAAUACUAGAAUGUACACAACCUUAAUGAAGGGUUAUAUGAAGGAAGCUCGUGUUAGUGACACGGUGAGAAUGCUAGAGGCAAUGCGCCAUCAGGAAGAUAGUGCCAGCCACCCUGACCAUGUCAGCUACACAACUGUUAUAUCAGCGUUUGUGAAGGUGGGCUCGAUGGACAGGGCACGACAGGUGCUAGCUGAGAUGACUCGAAUUGGUGUUCCUGCUAAUCGUGUCACUUACAAUAUUCUCUUAAAAGGGUAUUGCCAGCAGCUACAGAUAGAGAAGGCGAAGGAGUUGAUGCAGGAGAUGGUCGAUGAUGCAGGGAUUGAGCCUGAUGUUGUUUCUUACAAUACUUUGAUGGAUGGAUGUGUACUUGUUGAUGACAGUGCAGGGGUUCUUACCUAUUUCAAUGAGAUGCGUGCGAGAGGCAUUUCUCCUACCAAGAUCAGUUACACCACUUUGAUGAAAGCUUUUGCCUUGUCUGGUCAACCAAAGCUCGCUAACAAGGUCUUCGAGGAGAUGCUCAAUGACCCACGAGUGAAGGUUGAUUUGGUUGCUUGGAAUAUGUUGGUUGAAGGGUAUUGCAGACUGGGAUUGGUUGAAGAAGCAAAGAACAUAGUCCAGAGGAUGAGAGAGAAUGGGUUCUACCCGAAUGUGGCUACUUAUGGCAGUCUUGCUAAUGGGAUUGCAUUGGCUAGAAAGCCAGGAGAAGCGCUUUUGCUUUGGAAUGAAGUAAAAGAGAGGUUUAGUAGGGAAAAUGAAGGAGGGGGUUCUUCGACUCUCCCACCAUUGAAGCCCGACGAAGGGCUCUUAGAUACUCUGGCUGAUAUCUGUGUGAGGGCUGCUUUCUUUAGGAAGGCUUUGGAGAUUGUGUCUUGCAUGGAAGAAAAUGGUAUACCUCCAAAUAAGACCAAAUAUACCAGAAUAUAUGUGGAGAUGCAUUCAAGGAUGUUUACUAGUAAGCAUGCCUCGAGAGCAAGGCAGGACAGAAGGAUUGAGAGGAAGAGAGCAGCAGAGGCAUUCAAGUUUUGGCUGGGACUGCCCAAUUCUUACUAUGGGAGUGAGUGGCGGCUUGAACCCGGAGAUGAUUAUGCUUCUGAUUCUGUUUAACCACCAUUUAUUUCAUAAUCUAGAACUCUAGGCUACAAAGGUGGAUCUGAAUAUUGUAAAGCUGUAAUUUAAAUUUCAAGUAUAAUAUAUGAAGUGGUUUCUUUGGAGUAAAA